ACUGCUGAGGGUGAGUUACUGGUUUGUGGUGGGGAUGCUGGCAUCUGGAUCAGGUCUGGGUUCGGAGGCUGGUGGUGGUCUUGCAUAGAAAAAGGCCUCAAUGAGGUCGCUGUGUUGGGCUCUUGGGGAGAUGCGCCCUCUGUUAGCGACCGCGGAGCCUUGAGGGGCCGCGGUACCCUCCCUUUCCAGUCAUGCCUUCCUCUCUGUGGGCGGCUGGGAGGGCCCGGCUUCAUUGACCAGGCAGUCGUGGGUUUGGACUAAGAUUAGGGAAGCCACAGUAUUGGUGGAAGAAGGGACAACCUGUGAACCACCCUUACAUUUAGUUGAAACUCUUUUGGUUUCAUUUGUAGCAAGAAUGUCAAAAUUGAAAGGAUUCAAUCCCUCAGGCUGAUUUACCAUCUCCGCCACAAAGUACCUUCAUUGUCCUAAAAAGGAACUUCAGGGAUUAUAAAAAAGUUUGAAAAUGGAAUCAGUUUCAGAGCUAAGUGAGGAAUUAGAUUCCGUCACCAGUGAGCUACAGGCAGUAGAAAUUCAGAUACAAGAACUUCUGGAAAGACAACAAGAGCUUAUUCAGAAAAAGACUGCCCUAAAGAAGAGAAUAAAGCAGUCUCUAGAAGAUCCAGGUGCUGGAGCAAGCUCAGAAUUUGAUUCUUCACCUGAGAGCUGGAAUAAACAAGAUUUUCCAUGGUCUGAGAAAGUUAAAGAUGCUAUGCAGAAUGUCUUUAAACUGCAAAAGUUUAGACCUUUACAACUUGAAACUAUUAAUGUGACAAUGGCUGGAAAGGAGGUAUUUCUUGUUAUGCCUACUGGAGGUGGAAAGAGCUUGUGCUACCAGCUACCAGCAGUAUGUUCUGAUGGUUUCACACUUGUGAUCUGCCCUCUGAUUUCUCUUAUGGAAGAUCAGUUAAUGGUUUUAGAACAACUGGGGAUUUCAGCUACUUUGCUAAAUGCUUCCAGCACUAAGGAACAUGUGAAAUGGGUUCAUGCUGAAAUGGUAAAUAAAAACUCUAAGCUGAAGCUCAUUUAUGUUACCCCAGAGAAAAUUGCUAAAAGCAAAAUGUUUAUGUCAAGAUUGGAGAAAGCCUAUGAAGCAGGAAGAUUCACCAGAAUAGCUGUGGAUGAAGUUCAUUGCUGUAGUCAGUGGGGACAUGAUUUCAGGCCUGAUUAUAAGGCACUUGGUAUCUUAAAACGACAAUUCCCCAAUACAUCACUAAUUGGGUUGACAGCAACUGCUACCAAUCAUGUUUUGAAGGAUGCCCAGAAAAUUCUGUGUAUUGAGAAGUGCUUUACAUUUACUGCAUCAUUUAAUCGGCCAAAUCUUUAUUAUGAGGUUCGUCAAAAGCCCUCCAACACUGAGGAUUUCAUUGAGGAUGUUGUGAAGCUCAUUAAUGGGAGAUACAAAGGACAGUCUGGAAUUAUAUACUGUUUUUCUCAAAAGGACUCUGAGCAAGUCACAAUUAGUUUACAGAAGCUGGGAAUUCAAGCAGGUGCUUACCAUGCAAAUAUGGAACCAAAAGACAAAACCAAAGUUCAUAAAAAUUGGUCAGCAAAUAAAAUUCAGGUAGUAGUGGCAACAGUUGCAUUUGGUAUGGGAAUUGAUAAACCAGAUGUGAGAUUUGUUAUUCAUCAUUCAAUGAGCAAGUCUAUGGAGAAUUAUUACCAAGAGAGUGGACGUGCAGGUCGAGAUGACCUGAAAGCUGACUGUAUUUUAUACUCUGGUUUUGGAGAUAUAUUCAGAAUAAGUUCCAUGGUGGUAAUGGAAAAUGUAGGUCAACAGAAACUUUAUGAAAUGGUGUCAUACUGUCAUAAUAUACACAAAUGUCGCCGUAUGUUGAUAGCACAACAUUUUGAUGAAGUGUGGAAUUCUGCAGCUUGCAAUAAAAUGUGUGAUAACUGCUGUAAAGAUAUUUCAUUUGAAAAGAAGAAUGUAACUGACCACUGCCAAGAUCUAAUUAAGAUACUGAAACAAGCAGAAAAAUUGAAUGAAAAACUAACGCCACUGAAACUUAUUGAUGCUUGGUUGGGAAAGGGUCCAGCAAAAUUGAGAGUAUCUGAUGUUGUACCCCCGAAACUUCCACGUGAUGAAUUGGAGAAAAUUAUUGCUCACUUCAUCCUACAACAGUAUCUUAAAGAAGACUUCAGUUUUACAGCAUAUGCUACUAUUUCAUAUUUGAAAGUAGGCCCUAAAGCUCAUCUUCUGAACAACGAGGAACAUAUAAUUACCAUGAAAGUAAAGAAAAAUACAAAGGGUUCUUCCAAGGUUGAAUCAUCGCAGGUUUCGAAUUCUGAAGCAGAGAGAAAGAUGGAAGAAAAAUAUUUGGGCAACUUCCAGAAUACCAAUGUAAAAAAACAUGGAAAUCAGCUUAAAGAACUCCAUUCUGAGACAACAAAGGCAAAGAAAAGGAAAUUGGAUAACUUAAUCAUUGAAUAAAUUUUUUAAGAGAAGGGCACAAUUUAUAAAAAGAUAGCACUCACUUCAAAAGUUUUAUUUUUGAAUUCAUUAUAUGUACAUGGAACUUUUUAGAACUGUAAGCAGUCUUUUGGUUAAAAAAAAAAUUGUACUUUUUUGAAAUAUUUACUGAUGAUGUAAGAUUAUGAACCACUUGAUUUAGAAAACAACAAGCUGACUUGAGGAUAGUCCAUCUUAAAUUGCACAAACCAUUCACAACAGAGGACCUGGAUAGUUUAAAGACAAGAAUGGCAACAUUUUUUGUAGAUCCUUUCAAGGCAAUUAAGGAGUUCAAAUGUGCCCUUUGCUUGUUUGUUCCAAUGUUUGAGAAUGUGGAAAUUCUUUUAGCAGAACUUUUUACCCCUAGGGAGAAAGAUCAGUUUAUCCAGGAAUUGUAAAAUAACCCUAACCUUAUUUCAUGGCCAGAACAAUGGAGAGACUUAGAACUUUCUAAUAAUCGAAAUUUAUCUUAAGAAGGGCACAUGAAGAUCUUGUAGAGGCCAUGAAAACUUUUGCAAAAAAAAAAACCUGAUAGUUGGGGAAGAUUUGAGCAAAUGAGGCAGGAAGUAGGACAACACCCAUCAGUGUAUCUCGAUAGGGUAGUCAAGGCUGCCAAGAACAUUCUCAGAUUUCAAAACCUAAACGAAGACAAUCUCCAGCAUAUCAGGAGACAAUUUGUUAAGGGAAGCAGCCUGCCCAUAAACACAUUUUUGGUUACAUUGUCUGGGAUGGGAGGAACUCAGUCUAAAGGAUUUAAGGAAAACAUCUACUUACAUUUACUCAGGGGAUAAGGAACAUGCUAAGGAGAAAGUUGAAAUAAUCAAAGAUCUCAAACAGUAGCUCAAAGAGGCAAAUAACAUCAAACUAGGAGAUAAAGUUUACAUCAAAAACUUUAGCAGAAAAACAGCUACAGACAUAAAAUGGGUUGGAGAAUAUGAAGUUUUGCUAACCACACUAAGUUCCAUAAAAAUUGCAGGAAAAGAGUAAUGGUUCCACUGUUCACAUGUAAAACCUGAGAAAUCUUACACCAAUGCAAAAGAUAUAGGUGAAGGAAAAAAAGUGAAUAGAAAAGAUAGUGCUGAGAAAUGAUAAAUAACUGAUAAACAUCAAAAAAUACAUCUCUAUGAAAGAUUAGUUCCACAAAAUGUUCCAGACCAAAGGAGUGGAGUGACCAUCUGCCGCUAAGGGGCGUUCAACCCCAAAACCUAGUUGGGGGGGUCACCCCGAAGACCUGUCCUGACCUCUGCCAAGCUUAUUCCUACAAUACUGAAGACGCAAGAUUAUGAACCACUUGAUUUAGAAAUCAAAACUAUUCAACAAAAUGACCCCCCAAAAGUAAGCUUUUUAGAACAUUGUUAAUGCCCUGAAAAUGUUUACUUAACUGCUAUAACUGCCUAUAUUCAUAUAAUUGUUUUUUAAACUGUUACUUUCCAAGUAUUAGUUCCAAGGCAGAAGAAUGGUAAGGGCUAGGCAACAGGUUAAGUGAUUUACCCAGGUUCACACAACUAGGAAGUGUCUGAAGCCACAUUUGAACCCAAGACUUCCCAUCUCCAGGCCUGGUUUUCUAUCCACUAAUGCAUCUACCUGCCUCUUCCCUUUCUAUAGUUUUAGUAACAUAGUAAAAAGGUGGAUUAAAAUCAGUAUAGAGGCAGAAGAAACACUGACUUUGCAUUUAGAGAGCAAGGACAUAAAUCUCACUCCUUAUGCUUACUACCUAUAUAAAUUUGGGCAAGUUAUUUAAUUAAGCUUCUGUUGGUCUUUCAGUUCCCUCAUCUAUAAAAUGAAGUUAGGCUAGAUCAGUGGGGUCAAACUCAAGCAGAAACGGGGAUUAAACCUUGGAGAUAGAUACUGAGUUAGAAAACCACAUGUACUAUUAUGCUUUAACAAAUUUUUAUUUAUUUUGUUAAACAUUUACUAAUUACAAUUUUAUUUGGUUUGAACCAUGCACUUUUUUACUAUUCUUAAAUUCUAAGAUAAUAAAUAUGCAUUAUAAAAUCAA